CCCCGUGUAGCAGUCGGAGGAGCGCACGGCGGAAUCACGGCAACCAGCUGCGCAAGGGUGAUUAUGAAUGAAUGACACGCCGCGCUGAUGGUGAGAGGCGUGUUUUACUCUCCGCACAUGUCCGAGGAGUACCUAAGGAGUGGAUCGAAUCUCCAGCGUCUUAUUUGAACCGGUUAGAGCCGUGCGUAAAAAAUUGGUCUUAACAAAAUGCUGGCAAGCGCAGUGGCGACCAUUCUUUUCCUGCUGUCGUGUUGGGGCUCCUGCGUGUUGGCCACGCGUGUCUCCUUCUCCAACUUCACCUUGGACAACGAGGUGCGCUCCAGCUUCAUCCAGAGGAGACUGCGGACCCAAGAGCGCAGGGAGAUCCAGCGGGAGAUCCUCUCUGUCCUGGGGUUGCCACACCGCCCGCGGCCGCACGCUCACCCCAAACACAACGCCGCUCCGAUGUUCAUGCUGGAUCUGUACACCAUCUCCACGGAGCCAGAGCCGCACAGAUACUCGCAGUACAAGGCGGUUUUACAGGGUCAGGCCUCAGCAGUGGUGAGCCCACAGGACAGCCGCUUCCUGGACGACGCAGACACGGUGAUGAGCUUCGUCAACCUCAUCAAUCGGGACCAGGAUCUUCUGUUCCAGCCGUACACGCAGGCAUUUCGGUUUGACAUUUCCCGUGUUCCAGAGGGCGAGGCAAUUACGGCAGCAGAGUUUAGGAUUUACAAGGAUUUUAUCCCGGAGCGCACUGGGAAUGAAACCUUCAGAGUCAGUGUCUACCAAGUCCUUCAGGGGCCCCCUGACAGUGAAGUGGAGCUGUUGCUGCUGGACCAACGAGAUGUUUGGGCUUCAGAUGAGGGAUGGCUUGUGUUUGAUCUGACCGCUACAAGUACCCUCUGGCAGCUCAGCCCUGAACAGAACCUUGGACUGCAUCUAGUUCUUGAGGACAACCAUGGCCAGAAGAGGAACCCCCAAAGAGCAGGGCUGCUGACAGGGAGUGGGGCUAAGGACAGGCAGCCGUUUCUUGUUGUCUUUUUUAAAUUCAAUGAGGUGCGAUUCCGCAGCACUCGCUCAGCGCAAGGCCAUAAAGGACGGCAUUCAAACCGCUCCAAACAACAGAGGACUGUCCAAAAUGCACUGAAAGCAGCAGAGGCUGUAACAGAUACCCUUGGAUUGUCAAAAGAGGGUUGUAAGAAGCAUGAGCUGUAUGUCAGUUUCAAAGAUUUAGGAUGGCAGGACUGGAUCAUAGCACCAGAGGGCUACGCUGCAUAUUACUGUGAGGGGGAGUGUGCUUUCCCUCUCAACUCUGACAUGAAUGCCACCAAUCAUGCUAUUGUGCAAACUCUGGUGCACUUUAUCAACCCGGAGACAGUUCCCCAGCCCUGCUGCGCCCCCACGCAGCUCCAUGGCAUCUCAGUGCUGUACUUUGAUGACAGCUCCAAUGUCAUCCUCAAGAAGUACCGCAACAUGGUGGUCAGAGCUUGUGGCUGUCAUUAACCAUUUUAACACCUUUUGCCUGACUUCUGCAAAUCUGAAUAGAAGUUAAAAGGCAGAAGGAGAAGUUAUUGGACACUAGAGAUGAUGGGGUCUCUAAUCUGCAAAAGCUUGUGCCACAGUGCAAGCUUAAUCUUGGGCGAGUCAUUAUGACUAGGAGCCACUCCUGCAGACUAGCUCUAAAAGGAGAAAACUGCAAAGACUUGUGAAGACUUUACAAGCAUGAACUAAACUUACAGGAAGAAUUCACAGUUUGCAGAUAUUGCAUCUUAAGCAUCAUAUACUGUAUUUGCAGCUGAGGGUUUGAAAACGUACGAGGUCUUCUGCAUGAUGAGAUUUUAUUUAAAAGCUUUCGGAACAUCUGAAGAAAUCUGGGUUUACCGGGUCGGGUGUAAAACAUCUAAGAGCUGGUGAGAGGAUGACUUCUAUGACAAUUAUUUAGAUUUACACUGCCUGUCCAAAAAAAAAAAAGAAAAAAAUCAAACUCUAAUAUUUUGCUGGACUGCGUUUAGCUUUGAUUACGACAAUCCUUCAGCUUCAACAAUUAUUUCCGUUCAGAGUUGCCUUAAUUUUUCACCACAAUCAUGUAGAGGUGAUGGGAGAUUCAGACUGCUUCAGCACAUCCCAAAGAUUCUCUGUAUGGUUAAGGUCUGAACUCAUGCUACCCAAACCGCUUGCACAAUUUGAACUCAAUGAUUGGUGGUUUUCUUAAGGCGACACAGCUGUUUACAUCCAAACCCUUAUUGUGUGGAAAUGCUUUUGCUGUUACAACUGAACAUGUGAGUUGUAAUGUUUCUUAAAAUGUGAUUUCACAAAACGUGUAAGUAAUUGCGGUCAUUUUUUUCCAACUGCAUUUCUCCCAUGAAGAUGAUGGUUUUCCAAUAUUCUUCCCAUUUCUAAUAAUGCGUUGGACAGUUCUUGACUCAAUUUCAGUAGUUUCAGCAAUCUCCUCAGAUGUUUUCUUUGCUUGAUAAAUGCCAAUAAUCUGACCCUUAGAUAGACAUAAUUUACAACAAGAUGGGUUUCUUACAUGGUUUUUUAAGAAACGAGAAGCUCACUGCACCAGUUAAAAAAUGUACCAGCUGAAAGAUAAUAAGCCAUGCUGUAAUGAUCCAAUAUGUGGUUCUUAGCUAUUUUCUUUUUUACGUCCAGGUGGUGACAUGUUUUUGGACAGGCAGUGUAAAUCACAACAUAUUUGAAAGCUGGUGGAUAUGUUUUCAGUGAUUCAUCAUCAUAGAGUGCCCAUCACCUACAUACAACUCUGAGGUGUCAAACCAAAGCUGCAGAUCAGCUGCGGUUUUAUUUUGUCUCAUUAAAAAGGUCAAAUGGAAACAG